UUCACUCCGUACACACAAUGGGGGAAAAGUUUUUGUAAAGUUUCUCUGCCUCAGUUGGGAUAGACGAGUUUAGUGGUUUGGCUACUGGUGAUUCCCCUAAAGGAUUUUUAGGUUCCUUUGAGGAAGAAAAUUGAUUGUGAUUAUGAGAGAGUUUGGAGUCGGAAAUGUGUGGGUUGCUGAGUGACAAUGGUAGAGGGUAGUCCCAGGAGAGUAGCAGUUUCUUCACACGACGCCAAUAUCAAAAUUCCACUCGAACUGGCAGAGGAGGAGGAGAAAAACAACCUCAGAUAUCGACAGCAUGAAAGCGUUCAAAAGACAGAAUCGGACCCCAGCAGCCCUGGCGGAUCCAGAUGGAAGAAGCUCCGCACCACCGUUCAGAUCGGCAAUGCCGUCACCCACCACAGAAAGCCACCCCUCAAGCGAGAGGACUCAUUCCUAAAGCGAUUCUCCACUCGACCCCCGAACAUCAUCCUCUCCGACAAGGACCCCAUCAAGGCGGACAACUGGUUCUACAGGGUGAUCCGCGCCAGUGUCCUCAAUCCAGACGAAUCUUUACUCUUCUGGUGGUUGUGGAUGGUCACCUUCUGUGGGCUGUACAACAGCUGGACAUUGAUCGCACGAGAGGCCUUCCCAGAACUCCAAGAGGCACAUCUUGUCCUCUGGAAUGUUCUGGACUGGUGUUCUGAUGUAGUGUACUUUUUGGAUAUAGCUGUUCAGUUCCGGACUGGAUAUUUGGAACAGGGUAUCAUGGUGAGGGAUAGUGCGCAACUGGCGAAGCACUAUGUGACAUCGAGAGACUUUUUCUUGGACGUAGCUGCCUUGGCACCUCUUAGCUACCUGCAUGGAAUGGUGGGAGAGUCCCCUCUGCUACGUUUUCCAAGGUUUCUCAAGGCCAGGAGGAUCUACAAAUUCUACUAUGCCGUCGAAUCGAGAACGGCCUACCCCAACCUGUGGCGCGUCGCCAAUCUUAUCCACGUCCUGCUCCUGCUGGCCCAUUGGUUUGGCUGCUUUUACUAUAUGCUCUCCGAACUGGAGGGUUUCAAGGGCAACUGGGCCUACAAGCACCCCGACAGCCAGGAGCACUCGCCUCUUGUCAGGAAGUACCUGGGGUCCGUCUAUUGGUCAACUCUCACCCUCACCACCAUAGGAGACCUGGCCACACCGGCGACCAAUUUACAAUAUAUGUUUACCAUCGUCAGCUACUUGAUAGGAGUGUUCAUUUUUGCAACAAUUGUAGGUCAAGUGGGCAAUGUCAUUACAAAUAGAAAUGCCAGUCGUUUGGAAUUCGAACGCUUAUUGGAUGGCGCCAAGUUGUACAUGCGGCACCAUAAAGUACCGAAAGGGAUGCAGCGGAGAGUUCAAAGGUGGUACGACUAUUCUUGGUCGAGAGGUCGGAUGCAAGGAGGCGGCGACAUUCAUUCGGCCCUGGGCAUUUUACCGGAUAAACUGAAAACAGAAUUAGCCAUCCAUGUCAAUUUGAAGACACUGAAAAAGGUGAGCAUCUUUAAGGAGUGCCAGCCUGAAUUCCUUCACGAUUUAGUUUUGAAAAUGAAGGCCUACAUCUUCACCCCGGGCGACCUCGUGUGCAGGAAGGGCGAGGUAGCCAGAGAAAUGUUCAUUAUAGCAGAUGGAAUCCUACAAGUUAUCAAUGAUAAAGGCCAAGUUCUGACUCACAUGAGAGCUGGAGAUUUCUUUGGCGAGAUUGGUAUUCUCAAUUUGGAUGGAUUCAACAGGCGUACAGCAGACGUGCGAUCCGUGGGAUAUUCCGAACUGUUCAGCCUAUCGCGAGAGGAUGUACUCUCGGCCAUGAAGGAUUAUCCGGAAGCGGAAGAAAUCCUCCAGACCAUGGGCAGACGGCGAUUAUUGGAAGCCCGCCUCACCAACGCCUCGGAGAAAGUUCCUUAUCAGGACGACCCAGAAGGGAAGAAUGAAAAUCGGCAGAGGAAAAAAGGAAUCAGUUUAGCAUACCUUCUUAGGAAAAAAGAUACGCAAUAUGACGUUGCCAACUUCCACAAACAAAAGAGUUCAACGGCUUCCAGCAAAUCUGUUGAUACUCAAUCGAUUCCUUGUUCGGAAUCAACUAAAAUCGAGGUGCAUCAAAACUCUUUAAUUCAUUUCAAUCACGUUGAACUGAAACCAUCGAACUCUGACAGUAAAUCGUCAUCAGAUGACAACGCCGCCAUUAAUCCGAGAGUGUCCUGUCUUGUGGAACAGAUAACGUCGAAAUUCAGAAAGCGUAACAAAAUUCCUCAAUUUCGAAUCAGAAGAAAGCACUCUUGGUGGUACAAAAUAUCCAAUCUCGUGCAUUUGAGGAGGAAAACUAUCACAGCAACGACGUCCACAAAACAUUCGGAAAUGCCAGAUGACAUCGAAGACACCAAGUCCACUAAAAACAUCAAAAGUUGCGACGUACUUUUGAAACCAGAGGACUUGAGACUUCAGAAUGUCGUCAGACCCGCUCAAGGAUCCCAAAAGGAACCAGACGGGCGGAGGACCAGUUGGCAGCCUUCAAAACCAUCCGUCAGUAACUGGACCAGAAGUGAGCUUUUCACUCACUCGGCAGAAGCAGUUAUCGCCAAGCAGACGAAAAGCAGGCGGAAGACAUUGGCUGAUGGCAUGCUGCUGAGUUCAAAUAUCUCUCAGAACAAACCUUACACGUCCCAUGAAAAAGUGCCAGGCAUACUCAUGACAGGGUCAGAUCUGAAUGCCCCAGAUGAAUCAUCAGACGUUUCUCCGAUGUCCUCGAACUAUUCACUGACGCCGUCCACAACCGAAAAUGACGAAGAUGUCAAAGACGAGGAAGAUGGGUGUGGAGUGAAGCAAGAAAAAGACAGAAAGGAAAAAGGUACAGAGACCCCAGAAUUUGAUAAGACUGUAGAGGGACCAGAUCUCCCCCCUGAAUUGACGAACGUAAUCUGGAAUAUUGUGAUGGGAAUCAAAGACAAAGUGGAUGAAUUAAUUAUCAAGUCCGAGAAGAAGACGAUCGACGAGAUAAUAAUGCUGAGGGAGCGAAUAAAGCAGCAAGACGCUCUCAUUGAGUACCUUGAAAUGCGAUGCGCGCAAGAGGAGACCUUCAAGACAGAGGACGUCCAAGAAGAAAAGCAUCCGUCAACCCCAGUCGAAAAAUCUUCCCCUCCAAACAAACCGUCAGAGGAUUCGGCCGUCAGCAGCAUGGACAUUCCAACACCUGUAGAUUUUAUGUCGGACGUGAAGUUUGAAGAGGAAGAUAUGUGGCUGGUGGAAUUUCCUCCCAAUCUUCCUGUGGCAGCGAAGCCCGCAGAAAAGCGCUCCCGGCUGAGACGCCACUCCAGCGUGGAGGUGGGCCACGAAAUACCCUUCCGGCUGGCGGCCCAGAAGCCCCCCGCCGAAAAUUUCCUCCACCCCACCAUGUACGGAGACCCACAGAUCUCCCCGCGCAGGUUCAGCGAAUCCCAGGCCAGGCCAGAUGUCGUCCCCCUGAAUAAAUCCUUUGCAGCGAAGGUGAGACGCGUCCUCGCCAAAGUGAGGGUGAACCGCGAUUCUGAUGACCAAUCCUCUUCAGAGACAUCCUCGCCGCAAUCCAGCUACAAAUGGCCACAAGUGAUCACCAAAACUGAAGACAAGAAAGCCAGGAGAUCCAGCACAGGAUCCACCAACCUGUCGUCGCUCUUCCAACAGAAGAGUGGGCCGAGCAGCAAACGAUUCCAGAGUAGCUCCUCUGAAUCUGGAGAGAAUUCGAACCGAAGAUACGGCAGCGACGGCAACCCCAUAGUGAAGAGAAUCCUGCCCACCAUAACAGAAUCCAGCAGUUUCGAUAGCCUGAGGGAUUCACCCCUGAUGCAGCAUGCCACCACUCAACCGGUGGUCAGCAUGCCGAAUCUAGAUAGCGAAAACUUGACAGUGGUCAUCGAUAUGACAGGAGCAGCAGCCCAAGAUGAUUCGUCCCUGAACAGCGUGAUUGUGGAAUGAAGAACACAACGAUUUUGUGUUGUUUUUUUAGCUGAACGCUUUCGCUUUUUAUGAGCAGACUCGCAACAGUCGUGUAAUCCAGGUCGUCAUUCCUAACUCUGGACUCUUCUUCAAAAGCAACAAUAACAAAACACUUGAAACCAUAACUAGCCGAAUAAUUGAAUCCAACAAAAUUGAUUUAAUGGAUCUGAUGAUCGUACCUAACUUUAUCUUUUAAGUGAAUAAUUUGGCGAUUUAUUGGCUAAAUGGGGCCAAUUUUCGAAGAAUUCUGGAAUUUUGUCAUCCAUAGGAAGGUUCUGUAUUCAAACCAUGCUUGCAGUGGGAAAAUGCUAUAUAUGAAGUCAUAGAAUGACGGUGGAAAACAGUCUCCAUCAAGUAAGAUUUCAUUAAUGAAUAUGAGAAAGCAAUUUAGCACGGAAAACCAACAAAUAAUGUAAAUAGAGGAUAUUAUUUUUCCUGGGAUAUAAAUAUUUACAUUUCAAUCCGCGUAUUAAGAAUAGACCUCGAUAUUUAAAACUAGGGUACUUUUUCAUUAACGGGGCAGCAGUUGUCACCACGGACAAAUAGUGGCGCGAAAUAAAAUAUGAGUAAAAUGACAACGACGCAUUAUAAAAAAAAAUUGCAUAAGAAAUUGUGCGCCAAUUUUCGUGGAUAGGAUUACAUGGAAAGUAAGUCAUAGUCGGCUGCUGUUUCGGUAAAGGAAAAAUACCAAAAUUAGCUAAUAUUACAAAUAAAAUAAAACUAAAAAGUACAAGUGAAAGAAUUAGUAAUAUUAUGUUUCACGCACGGGGCAGAAUUUUUUUUAAAAGAGUGGUUAGCAGUACAACAUCAACUUUUUAACAAGUUAAAGAAGUCCAAUCCAUUCUAUUUUGAUAAAACCCUUCCUUCCAAAAUACUUAGCAUAACACUCUAGGGUAGGGUUAGUUAUAAUUUAUUAUUUAUUGAUAUUUCAUACGAAAUAAAUGCUUAUUCUACUCUUUCAAAUUAGAGCUGAAAAGAAGUGAAGAGAGACCCAUUUUAGCAAAGAAAAUUGAAUGAGCUUCAAAGGAAUGAACAAAGUACUUUUACUUAACUUGUUAACUCAAAACAAUAUGACGAACAUACAAAACUAUGUACAAAAGAAAUAAUCAGUGCCAAAUUUAUAAAAACUAUGUUUACUAAUCAAACGGUUUAAAUAAGAGACAUUUACAGUCUCUGGAAACAUUUUUUUAACUUAAAUUUUUAUACAUAUCACAUCCUCAUAUUAUCUAUUGUAUACAAUUUUGUUUCAAAUUUACAAAUAUCAAACAAAAAGUUUUAAAAUAUUUUUUCGUUUAAAUGGAAAGUUUUUCUAAAAGCAAUUAUGAACUAAUGAGGUAAGGUUACAAGAUGAUAAAACAAACAUUAACCAGACCCUUUCCAAUUAUUAAGCAAACACUAUAAAAAAAAAAUUGGUAGAUGAAAUUUUUGGUAGUUAUAAGCACACUGCAAGAAAUAAUUAUUAUAGUUUCUACAAGCAUUUCUAUUAAAAAAUUUUUUAUUCGAAUUCAAAUUAAAACUUUCCAGUUAAAUUACUAUUUGUUAGUAGGAGAAAAAUGGCAAAAAAAAAAAUCAUUUAUGGUUUUGUGAAAAAUGAUUCCAUGCUUAAAACUCAUUUAUUCCAAAUUAAUUAAUUGCAUUCAAAAAUAAUUAAAAUUCAUUCAUUUGGAUCUAAAUAAAGUUGCCAUCGAAGCACCUUCAACUCCACUUCAGCCCAAAUUAAAAGAAAUGCAUAGAAAACAGAUUAAUUGAUUUUUAAGUUUACUUCCUUGCAUUUAUUUAUUUCUCAUUUAUUUAUAUCUAAAUAAUUUUUGUUGAAAAAAAGUAAAGGUUAAAUAAACUGAAAAUGAGUUUGUGAUUUACAUUAAAGUAUUUGAUAGUAAUUUUUCCUUAAGAAACCUUAAAUGGAUUAUUC